AUGGCCAAGGGUCUGUCCGAGCUCAUGGUCAAGGCCAAGAUGUCGCUUGAAGACAUGGCUCGUCUCGUGCGCGGUCAAACGCUUGAUGACCCUCGACCCAACAAAGCCAUUGUGGCGAGUACCAUUGAUGAUCUUUUUGAGCACUUCCCUUAUCACGACCUGCUCCUCAAGAUGUGUCUCGACGGCUUCAACACGUCGUUUGUCGUGGACGAGCGCAGUCAAGAACAAAAGGCUGAAGGACGCAGUCAAGACAACCACAAGUCGGCCAUCGCCAACCCAGAUGCGGUUUUGCGCCAUCUGGCGAAGGCGCAGAGCAGCGGUGCCAUGAUGCGCCUGCGCGACAUCUCGUUCGACCGCUUCAUGCAGGACUUUGCGCGCUUCCCCAACGCCUUUCCGCUGGCCACGUUUACGCAGGUGCGCGCGUCGCACUACACGGCGCUUCCGAUGCUUCCGAUGCCGUUUGGCGCCAACAGCUUGUUUGAGUGA